CGUCUUCCUGCUCUCAGCUGACACCCAGCAACAAACCAGGAUCCGUCGCAUCUGUCAGCAGGCUGGGAAUUUGCCUUUACCGGCCGGCACAGCCAUUCCUGCAAUCUCACAUUUAAACGCAGGUGUUUUUUUUGCGGGAUGCUGGCAUGUUCUGAUUCACCAGGCAAGCGAUGUAUAAGACGAGCACCGAGGGGACCGGACCGGUGGAGGUUCUGUUGACUUUGGCCUGCCGAGCCCAGCUUGUCGGGCCGGUCGGAGGAUGGAGCCGCGGCUGACCGGGGAUGGCAAGCCGUCCGUGUCCUGGAUCCUCGGCCCUGUCCUCGUCUUCUCCUUCUUGGCUCUGUUAGUCAGCUGUCACGAGACCUGCAAACACAGAGCCCCCUCUCCGAGUGAGGUUGUCCAUGUGUAUUUGAAACAUGAGCGUUUGACAAAGAGAAGUUCACCUGACGACCUUCAGCUAAAGAUAAAAAUCAUAUAUGACUACAGCGUUGACCAGCUUCCUGCAGACAAGAGAAGACUGGUGAAGGAUAAGCUGUUUCCUCAGGCCAUUGACUACCUGCAGAGGGCUUUCAGUGUGAGGCGAAGAGUGGGACCUGUGCUGCUCAGCAGACAAUGUGCAACCAACCAGUACUUGAGGAAGAGAGAUGACCCUCAUCGUUAUUGUCAGGGCGCCUGUGCGGAUGUCACCCGGUGUGGUCCUGUCGUUGUUCCACAGCACCACCUUCAGCAAUGCAAGGUGUGCAGUGAGUCAGGGAAAUCGUGUGGUCCCUCAGGCCCCCCUGAUGGUCCUGGAGUGGAUGGGUCUGACUUUGUGCUGUACGUCAGCGGCAUCACCACAGAGCGCUGUGGACAGGAGAAUAUAGUGGCCUAUGCUGCAUACUGUCAGCUAGAGGCAGAGCUGGACAGACCCAUAGCAGGCUACGCCAAUCUGUGUCCUACUAUGAUCUCCUCACAGCCUCAGGAGUUUGAAGGGAUGCUCUCCACUGUAAAACAUGAGAUCAUCCACGCUCUGGGGUUCUCAGCGGGUCUCUUUGCCUUCUACCAUGAUGACGAGGGCAAACCUCUGACUCCUCGCUUCACCAGUGGCCUACCGCCCUUUAACGAAAGUUUGGGUCUGUACCAGUGGAGCGAGGCAGUGAUCAGGAGGGUCAGCAGGCUGUGGAACAUCCGAGGAGGAAAGAUGGUCCAUCAUCAAGUGCACGUCCUUGUUACACCCCGCGUUGUGGAGGAGGCGAGGAGACAUUUCAAUUGUCCUAUUUUAGAGGGAAUGGAGCUGGAGAACCAAGGAGGGACAGGAACUGAACUGAACCACUGGGAGAAGAGAUUGCUGGAGAAUGAGGCAAUGACGGGCUCCCACACACAGAACCGCGUGUUUUCCCGCCUGACAUUAGCCAUCAUGGAGGACAGCGGAUGGUACAGAGCCAACUACAGUCUGGCCCAGAGGCUGGACUGGGGUCGAGGCCUCGGCUGUGAUUUUGUGAUGAAGAGCUGCAAGUUCUGGAUGGAUAAACAGAGAGAGAGACGACAUCUUGUCACACCGUACUGCGACACGGUGCGAGCCUCUCCUCUGCAGCUCACCUGCAGACAGGACCAGCUGGCUGUGGCUGUCUGCAACCUGCAGAAAUAUCCACAAGAGCUGCCACUGGAGUACCAGUACUUCGAGCGGAUCCCAGACGUGACUCCUGAUCAGUUGCAGUUCUUUGGCGGCGCCGUGGAGAUCGCUGACUACUGUCCGUUCAGCCAGGAGUUCAGCUGGCACCUCAGUGGAGAAUAUCAGAGAAACUCCUACUGCAGAGUGGCAGAGAACCAGCCAGACUGGUGGAGGAACUACGGAGCAGAGCAGUAUGGACCAGACUCGGUGUGUCUGUACCAGAAAUCUGCUUUUGUUAUGGAGCAGUGCACCAGGAAGAUGACCUACCCUGACUGGGGCUCUGGAUGCUACAAGGUGUCAUGCGUGGCUCAAGGCCUGAAGGUGUACGUUCAGGAUCGCUCUUUUCUUUGUGUGCGUAAAGGUCAGCCGCUGAGCGUGAGUGUGCGGGUCAACGACUGGGUUUACAACGGCGUCCUGAUCUGUCCCGCCUGUACCGACUUCUGUGACGACUGCCCUCUUCCUCACCAGCUGCCACCCAUCAACACCUCCAGGAGUAACCCAAUUGACCCGUGCUCCAGUUCUCCAGGUCUGGCCAUCACUCUAUGGCUCCUGAUGCUCAACCUGCUCCCACUAAUGGCUGGACUGCUGCUCUGCCACUGCAGCUGAUAAAAACACCCCGGCACACACACAAAGGUAGCUGGACAAUAAUGACGAAAUCAUAUUUGACUGAUCUCAUUUUUUAACUUUUAACGUAGCCAUCUGGAUCUAGGCUGCAGAGAUUAUCUUCUAUUUGUCUUUUUUGUUCUCUUUCUUUUUUCUUUUCCCUGCUCCCUUUCUCUCUUUGUAUUGCUUUUUCAGUUAGUUUCUCCAUCAUUCCUUCCUCAGGACGUCUGCUCAUUCAUCUGUCCAUAUUUUUGCAGCAGUUUGUCUUUUUAGGGACGUUUGUCUCCCCACUGUCAGGGAUCUUGUUUUUUUUUUUGUUUUUUUUUAAGCUGGAAUGUGGUCAUAUGAAACAAUUUCCAGUUUAGGAAAGAAGAAAUCACAUUGUUUCUUUGGCCCAAGAUGGUGGAAGGUACUGUAUUCUACGUCAGACAUUUUUGCAGCAGGAAAUCUGAUGGCUUUAUUUACUUAAUCUUGGGAUCACUCUGCAUUUUUGCUUCUUUUUUUUUUCUGAUGGAAACUUGAAGAAAAGAUGGUGAAGAACCGGUAUGUGCCAUCCAGGUUUGAAGCCAAUUUCUGGUCAGUUACAGCUGCUACAUUUUCUCAUCUAUAGAGUUGGCACCAAGUGGAAAAAAAACGCAGUUAUUCAUUACUUGACAGUUAAAGUAUUAAAGUUGUUCAUGUGACCGAUCAAGAAACGUUUUAAAUUAUACCUCCUUCCAUAAAAAAUGUGAUUAAUAUGUGAGAGGUGGCAUCAGGGGCAGAUCUAGAGUUUAGAUAGGAUUGAAGUCAUGAGGUAUGAUUCCCAGUCUCCUUUACAGUAGCAUCUACACAGACAGGAUGAGACGGAUCAAAAACAUGUCCGGUCCAAACAGAUUUCCUGUAAGGGAACAGUUUGGACACAGUUAACUUCCCCUGCUUAGGUCUGGAGUUAACUGAUAAGACAGGCUGUGGGUUUACUUUUACUUUUACUUUUACUUUAACAAUUUCAGCUUUUUUUUUAAUCUAGUGGAGUUCAGUAGUUGAAAUGGAAUCCAUUUGUGAGAUCUGUGACUGCUUCAGAGAACUGGAAAUUCACCAGGAGUCACUGGUGGAGAUGGAGGGAUUGAUCCAUAUAGCUUUUUUUUUUAGAUCUAAUACUGGUUAUUGGUAGUAAAUGAGACUGGUAAUUGAAACAAUGGAGAAACUCGGAAUAAUCAAAUGUUUAAAAGAGACAAAAGUCCAGGGAAUCAGCAUUUCAUAUAAGGUUAGUUGAAUUUUUAACAAAGUAAAAUUAAAUAAAACAAGAAAAAAAAUCAGUUUGCAAUGAAAUCUGCUGUUGAAUUGGAACUAGGAGAGUUAUUGAUUACAUGCGUAGCACUUUACUGCCAAUGUGGAACUGCUGCUGUUCCAGUUAAGAAUUGAGUUUUGAACCAUUUGGAGCCAAUUUAGAAUCCCAGCUCAAACUAAAAAGUAGUUUUCUCAUUAACAUGACGCGUUAAAUGUUGUGAGUGUGUCACAUUCUAAAGUUUUGUAAUAGAGGAUGGAGACAAAACAGUAUGUAAGUCCAAGAAACUAAUAGAAACACUAGGCAGUAAUUGCUCGGUGCUCGGCUGUGAUGUAGUUACUACUGAGAUUAAAGAAACACUAGGAAUUAACACGAGAGAGGCAGGACAAGUUGCUUUCACCUGAAGCCAAGAAUGAACCACUAGGGCUGGGCAAUCAUGGC